AUGGUAAAUUUUGUGAUUGUGGAAGUACCACAAGGUAUUAUUUUGGUUUUAUCAUCGAUGCAGUAUGCAAGUUUCGCAGGAUCUGAAUUACUGGGAGAUUUAUUUGACAUCCUUUCAUUGCUCAAUUCUUGCGUUACAUUUGGUCUUUUUUGUUCUAUGAGUAGUCGUAUACGACAUGCAUUUGCUCGAGGAUUUUUUCCAUUUAGUCACAAAUUUUUCCAACAAAUUAUUCAUAGGUUUGUUUGCUUUUUUUCCUUCUUUUUUUUUUGUUAUUUUAGUUUACAAAUUUGA